AACGCCGAGCCCAGCGGGCGCGAUGAGUGUGUGUGGCUGCAUGUCAGCAGCGCAGUGUGCGCGAGUAUUAAGUCCAUGUGUGUGAGUGUCUGCCCGUGUGUGUGUGUGGUGUGUGCGAGUGCGUCUUUGUGUGUGUGUGAGUGCGUCUGUGUGUGUGUGCGCGCGCGCGUGUGUAACCGCGUGCGUGCGUGCGUGCGCGGGUCUGGCCACGUUGUGUGCGUGAGUGCGCAACAAAAAAAAAAGGUCUCCAGGCGUACGCGGCCACGUACUCGAUAAUAAUAAUAGGUGUCGGGAGGUGACGGAGGCGCGAGCAGGGCGGGCGAGUGGGCCGAGCGAGCGAGAGGGAGCAGCGAGGGGGCGAGGGAACCCGCGUCCGGCUCUUGCGCUGAUCCCUCCCCACGCCUCAAACAUGAAGCCGGAGCGGAGCAUGGCGGAUGGCCCCAGGUGUAAGCGGCGAAAGCAGGCGAACCCGCGGCGGAAGAACGUGCUGCAGAGCUAUGAGAGCGUGAUCGACGCCGGAUCGGAGACGGACGAGGAGGACUGCCUGCAGAUCGCCGAGGAUGAGGCGGCCCCGGGGCCUCCGUCGCCUCCGCCGUCCCCUUCCUCGGCGCCGGCCGCGGUGGUGGCGGCGGCUUUGAACGCGGCGGCCGAGGUGGAGGCGAGAGGAGGCGAGGAGCCCGGGAUGGACGGGCAGCCGGGCAGCACGGCCCUGGCGGCCACGGGCGCCCCCGCGCCGACCCACGGGGGAGCGGUGGGCUUCCCCAGCCCCGACCCCGGAGCAGUGCUGCGGGAGGUGGCAGAGCGUGGGGGCGGCGACGCGCAGCACACCUGGAGAAGCAGAGAGGCACAACCCUCUCCUCACUACAAUGGCUUGAGAGAGGAGAGAGUCACCAUGGGGCCUGAAGCCAUACUUAAGCUCAAUAGAGAACUCACUAAUAUCACAAGCGUCAACCAUCCGUCGGAAUUCAACAACUACUUUGCGAGGCAGAAGAAGUGCGCGGAGGGAGACGGGCAGGCGAGCAGCAUCGCCGAGUUCCUGCGACGCAGCGACACGGCCGUGAUUUACCCGGAGGCUCCGGAGGACCCUGCGCUGCACCAGGGCACACCCGAGCACGAGGGAGCGGCAGAAAACGAUGCGCACGUGGCCAGCGCGCCGGACGCCUUCUCGCAGCUGCUCGCCUGCCCGUACUGUGACCGCGGCUACAAGCGCCUCACGUCGCUCAAGGAGCACAUCCGCUACCGGCACGAGGGGCGCGCGGAGGGCGACGCGCCCCUCGUGUGCCCGCUUUGCCCGGGCUCGGCGUUCGCCACGCGCGCUCAACUCGACCGGCACACGAGCACGCACGCGCGUCAGCAGGACGUGAGCGCUCAGAAUGCAGGACACCGCAAGUUUAAGUGUGGCGAGUGUGGCAAGGCCUUCAAGUACAAGCACCACCUGAAGGAGCACCUCAGGAUCCAUAGCGGUGAGAAGCCAUACGAGUGUCCAAACUGCAAGAAGCGCUUCUCCCACUCUGGCUCCUACAGCUCCCACAUCAGCAGUAAGAAGUGUAUUGGGCAGCCAUCGCCUGGCGGGGCAGGAGCUGGUGGAGGCAGGUCCCGGGCAGGUCCCAGGGCCGGUACUUCUCCUUCCACCCGCUCUCCCACCUCUCCCGACAGCCAGGCCCUCAGCCAGCUCAGGCAGAAGUUGCAGGCGAGCGGCAGGCUUUCUCCUGAGCGCCCAGGUCUGGCUCUGCCAUCUCUCCCAGAGGCUGUCUGCGUGAAGAGCGAGCCGCUCACGGCCUGCGAUUUCUUCUCCAAAUUUCGGACGACAAUCUCCGCAUCGCCGGUCGGUAUGAAUGGCAAUGGUGGUGGAGCACUGCAUCUGAGCUCCCCAGGCCACAGCAACUUCCAGCACCUAUUCCACAGAGACGGAAUGGCCGGGGUGCUGAGUGGCCGGGAGGAAGCCAUUCUGCAGAACCUGGUUCAUUACCGCUCCGGCAGCGAAGGCAUGGCAGAGACCCCACAGGCAGUGCUCUGUGAGCCAGCUGAAGGAACCAGCCUCAGUGAGGUGAAGAAGGUCCUGCAGAUUGUCGAUAAUACAGUUACACGACUCAAGGUUUGCAGUCCCGUUCGGGAAGAGGCGAGCCGCCCUCCGCCCCAGCCAUUUGGAGUGAAAAUGGAGCCGGACAUCGAGGAGCCCCAGAUGACAAUGAACACGCCAAAAUGCCCUCCGAUCUCGCUGCCAGGCCUGACCAUCCCCCCGUUCCUCGCUCGUAAUGGCACAGCCAUGAGCAUAAUCGACUACACGCUGGAGAAAGUAAAUGAGGCCAAGGCUUGUCUACAGGGACUUGGCAGGGACCCGAGCGGGCGGGAGCAGAUGGCCUACACGGCGCAAACUCUGAGCCAGCACCUCCGCGAGUAUGGCGGCACAAUGGAUCCCAAGAUGUUCGCGAUGAAUGGCCAAAAGUUUAUGCAUCAGCAGGACUUUAGCCCGGAGAGUUUUCACUCAGCUGCCACCCCCACUACCACCGGCAUGUACCGAUGUCAGUUCUGUGGGCAGGGCUUCCCUGGCCCCAUCCCCUUGCACCAGCAUGAGCGCUAUAUGUGCAAGAUGAACGAGGAAAUCAAGGCUGUGCUGGUGCGCCCAGAGCCCAGGGUUUGUAACGAGGCAGCCAGCACUUAUCCAGGCAUCCCCACGAGCAGUGCUGACCCAGCCAUGACCACGCAGGACAAGGUCUCUCUACAUUCCCUGAUGCCCGAGGGGGCGGCCGAACGGAUGGCGUUUCUAAGGGAGGCUUACCGCACACGGAACGUCGGCGAGCCCAUAACUGCUGAGAUGCUGACGAAAUUCUCUAUGCUUGUUCCUUCUCCCGUCAACUUCAUGAGCCGCUGCCAUGACAAGCCAAGCUUUUACCACAUUCCUGAUCCAGCACCGAUCUCUCAGGCUAUGGGGGACUUGGCAUCAUCCAGCAAUGGCGAUUGUCACCUCGUGCAGAAAGCCUCUCCCAGGGGCCCACCCCCGGCAGCUACAAAUGAGUCAAAAAUGAGGAGCCCCCCCAGGCAGGCAAUCAAGCCCGCACGCUUUAACCUCCCGUCCAGGGCGAACCACGAGCUUUGUCCUGGAAGCGGGCGCUCGCCGUUCCCCCUGAACUUGUCUGCAGCAAGUUUCACGCGUGACUCUAACGGGGAUGCUCACACUCCAAACGGCCACUCGCACACUCCGGACGGGAAUCUGCGCUCCACCUCGAAUGGGUCAUCAUUUUCCUCUGAGGACAACGUGGUCAAGUCCCAAGCGGAGCCUCUCGAUCUCUCCCUGCCCAAGCUGCAGAUGGCACGAAAGCAGGCCAAGAAGCGGAGACGAGAGGAUCGUGAGAACUUCACGAGCUUAGAUCUCAACAGCGAUUCCUCGUCGCCAUACACCAACCAGGACGAGCCGCUGAACCUCGCGUUCCUCAAGAAAGAACUGGGAAACGAGAGCGAAGGCUACAACGAAGAAGAGGCCAUGGACGGCCACCGCUCAGACGCGAUGGCCGACGUUCUGAAGCCCCUGUUCGGCAUGCCGAUGAUGUACGGCGCGAAGCCCCCACUCCACCGUCCUCUCUUCUCAGCCUUCCCUCCGGUGGGCGCGUUCCAGCCGCACGCGGGCCUGGUGCCGCCGCCGCCCCUUCAUUCAGGCCGCGGAGCCGAGCUGGCGCAGUACCCCACGGGGCUGGAGCAGCUGGCGUUUUUCCCGCAGCUGGCCUACACCGCCUUCCCGCCCCUCGGUGCUGCCAGCCUUGCGGAGCUGCAGCUUCGUCGGAAGUACCAGCGCAAGGCCAACUCGCAGGCGGAGAGCUUGGACGGUGAUUAUGGCUCGGACUCCGACACAGGGCUCCCACGGAAGAAGCUGAAGAAGGCUGAGAGCGGCAACUUCUCGUGUGACUUGUGCGACAAAACAUUCCAGAAGAGCAGCUCCCUUCUGAGACACAAGUACGAGCACACAGGCAAGCGUCCCCACCAGUGUGAGGUCUGCAACAAGGCAUUCAAGCACAAGCACCACCUGAUCGAACACUCGCGCCUGCACUCGGGGGAGAAGCCGUACCGCUGCGACCGCUGUGGCAAGCGCUUCUCGCACUCGGGCUCCUACUCGCAGCACAUGAACCACCGCUACUCGUACUGCCGGCGCGGGGUGGGCGAAGGUGAGGUGGGAGGGCCGGGAGACGUGACGGGAGAGCGGGCCACCCCACCGGACGAGGCCGACCCCGAGGUGGAGAAAUUCGGCGGCGGAGACAACUCGGCGAUUCGUGGAAAGCUGGCUAUGGAGCAAAGGAUGUUGGGAAACUUGGAAAAAGACAGGAAGGGUGAAGACCAUCGAGCGAUGAUGGAACCGUUCGGCAUGAAGCAUCAGCUGCUGAUAAAGUUUGAUGGAGAGCAAAGAAUGUUUGAAAGGAAGGAGGAGCAGGAGCAAGGAAUGCUGGGAGAAAUGGACCGAGAGCGAGAUGCAUUGACAAGCAGCAGUGACCAGGAAAACAUGGGCGUAGGAGACAUGAAAAAUGAGUUUGGUAUGUUGGGAAUUCCGAUGGUGAGUGGAGGAGUUUUUAGAUAUGGCUUUGCAUCGCAGCACUGUUAUGGCAUUAAAGAAAGAAAUGGAGAAUGUGUUACUGAUGGACUUGGGGAAGAAGACGAACAGAAGAUGAAAGUAGAGGAGAAUGAUGGCGAUGAUGAUGAAGUUAACGAUGAAAAUGGUGACGAGAAUGGAACGGAGAUGGAAAGAGAUGCAGGUGACCCUGAAGGAAGUUGGUCAAUGGAUGUAGAUAAUGGUGAGAGCAAAAGUUGUGACAUGGACAGAGACGAAGCCGUAGAAGAUGCGAGAGAUGAACUGGAAAGUGUAGCAGAUGGUGAUGAAGACGUGAAUCUGGGAAGUGACAAGGAGAAGGCUGCUGAGGGCAUAGAAUGCAAAAUGGGAGCAGGAGAAGACGGAGAAGGUGAAGAGAGGUACGUGUUCGCUGGAGAGCCGAAGAGAAGCAAGGUUGGGAAGAGAAAACGGUCUGCGGGUGAGAAUGGCGCUGAAGGAAAAGGCGAUUUAGAGAAAGGUGAUAAGUAAUUCUGUAGAUCAGCCGUGAUGAAUAACAGUAUUAUUAUGGGCCUCUAUUGCACCGAGCCUAUUGAGACGUGCCUGAACUUUCUGGUAUUGUUUAGAAACAUGACAGGAUGGUUUAAGAAAAAUGAAACAACGUAAAAAAAUGUGAAGUUUACACAAUCAGUGUUAAAUGAUCUAACCAAACAUUUUCAUCGGAUGUCAUGCCAAAGGCAUUUAGUCGGCCAAUUCCUAACAGGAACGGGAUGAAAUUUAAAUGUAAAAAUACAAUUCUCUUUUGGAAAAAAUUAGAACUAGAUAUUUGAACUACUUUCAUAAUCCAUGCAUGAUUUAUUUUUAAUUCAGUGGUUAGGAUUAUACUGUUGUACUACAAAAUAAAUAAGUGUAAUCUUACAAUGGGCACAAUGCAACAUUGACCAUGUUUUGAUUAUAAAAUCCCGAUGAACUUGUUCUGGUUAUUUAGAGCCCUGGGAUGGG